CUCCUCUGCUAUAUAAACACUCGUCCAAGUACAUAACUCGAUGUCUCAUCCUUCAAAGCUAAUAAGAGUGACACUAUAAAAUCUGAAACAUACAUUUGUAGCAAUGCCGGUAUUGUCUAAACCGGUCGAAGAACCAGAAUCCAAGCUUUCUUUAAUUCCGGUUAUAGAUAUCUCUGACCCCGAAUUCAAACACGCCCUCGUCAAAGCAUGUGAAGAUUUUGGCUUCUUUAAGGUGAUCAACCAUGGCGUUUCCUCGGAGCUAGUCUCUAUUUUGGAACACGAGGCCGUUGAGUUCUUCUCGUUGCCCUCGUCCCAGAAAACCCAAGUCGCAGGUUAUCCCUUGGGAUACGGGAACAGAACGAUUGGUCGCAAUGGUGACGUUGGUUGGGUUGAGUACUUGUUGAUGAAUGCUAACCUUGAUUUCGGUUCACAUACAUUCCUUCCGGGUCUCUUGCAAAACCCGGAAACUUUCAGAAACGCAUUGCUGGAAUACACAACAUCAGUGGGGAAGAUGACAUGCAAAGUUUUGGAGAUGAUUAGUAAUGGGUUAGGGAUCAAACCGAUGAACACACUUAGCACGCUUGUCUCUGGUGAAAACACUGACUCCAUAUUCAGGCUUAAUCACUAUCCACCAUGCCCUCUUAUCAACAAAAAUACUAAUGAUGCCAACAAUGUGAUUGGUUUUGGUGAACACACUGAUCCUCAAAUCUUAUCCGUCUUAAGGUCUAACAACACUUCUGGUCUCCAAAUCAAUCUAACUGACGGCUCUUGGAUUCCUGUUCCUUCAGAUCCUUCCUCCUUCUUCUUCAACGUCGGUGACUCUCUUCAGGUGUUGACAAAUGGGAGGUUCAAGAGCGUGAAGCAUAGGGUUUUAGCGAACAGCAGGAAAUCUAGGGUUUCUAUGAUUUACUUCGCUGGACCUUCAUUGACUCAGAGGAUCGCUCCAUUGACUUGUCUUAUGAACAAUGAAGACGAGGGUUUGUACGAAGAGUUCACUUGGUCUGAGUAUAAGAACUCUGCCUACAACUCUAGAUUGUCUGAUAAUAGGCUUCAGCCAUUUGAAAAGAAAGCUGUAGCUAUAGCUAUAUCGUUGAAUGAUUCAUAAGUUUUUAAUAUGUAUGUUUUAAGUGAAUGUUAA